AUGGGAAAGAAAAGACGUGGCCCCACCCUCGACGAGCUCCUGGCUCGUCCGUGGUGCUAUUACUGCGAGCGCGAUUUCGAUGAUCUCAAGAUUUUGAUUUCGCAUCAGAAAGCAAAGCAUUUCAAGUGUGAGAGAUGUGGUCGGCGACUCAACACGGCUGGAGGAUUGUCGGUGCAUAUGAGCCAAGUGCACAAGGAACAGUUGACCGAAGUUGACAAUGCGCUGCCAAACCGAGUGGGCCUCGAUGUGGAAAUCUUUGGCAUGGAGGGUCUUCCGGACGACGUGCUUCAAGCCCACCAGCAGCGUGUCGCAACCCAAUUCCAGCAGGCUGAGGCUGAGCGCCAGGCUGUGACGGGGAAUCCUCCGUCGGGGGGUGGCUCUGGUGGUGGACAGCCGGCGAAGAAGCCGAAGCUUGAACAACCGUCGGAUCUGAAGAAGCGGUUGGCAGAACACAAGGCGAAGCGUGCAGAGAUGCUUGCCGGUGGUAGUAGCGGAGAGGCUACUCCCGUAGGCGCCGGGCAACCUGCGCCGACGCCGACACCGACACCGGCUGGAUAUAGCCAAACACCUCCUGCCGCUGCGCCCGCUUCGCAAUAUCCUUAUCCACAACCCUACGGAGGCGCCGCCGCCCCGCCCUUCCAGCAGACCGCCAGCCCGGGCUACCAAGCGUUUUCUCCAGCCAGUGGGAAACAAACUCCAGUUGCUGCGCCAUACCCUCCAUCUGGAUAUUCACCUCAACCCUUCCCGGCCGGUGUUUCCGGUCAGCCCCCCGCGCCUGGCUAUGGUGCUACUCCUCCACCCUUCCCUCAACAACAACCGACCCCUACCGACGCCAACCUUCCUUCGCGACCCGGAAGUCUACCGAGUGCAUCCGGUCUUCCUCAGCGACCAGCUUUCGGUGCGCCUCCAGUCAAUGCCCAGCAGAUGCAGCAAAUGCACAUGGGUCAUCCCAUCCCACCGACACCCACCACAGCCGGUCAUGCGAAUGGCGACACAAGCAAAGAAACCGGUCAGGUUUCCUCGUCUGUGGACGAUCUCAUUUCUGGCGCCGCCAAGGAUGCGGCCGCGAAGGGCCCCGAACCGAGCGAGAAACCUGCCAAGAAGGAAAAGUCCAAGCUUAUGCGAAUGAUAUUCUCCGACGAGACGACCAGUCCGGAGGAAAAGAUGGCCCAGCUACCACGGUACGCCUUCGUCCCCGAUCGAACCGCGCCAACGGCCCUCGGCGAGCUUCCUGGCGCCGUAGUGGUCGGCACCAUCCGCGAGUCCGACACAGUGGUCGAUCCGACGCAUUGA